GUUUUGUUGAUGAAUCUUAUGUUGCGUUUUCAGGUUCUUUUAAACUCUUCUCCUCUUCUCUUCUCUCUCUCUUUUCUUAAGAGAGGCACCUCCAUUUCUGCAUUUAAUCAUCUUUGUUAAUGGAAGAAACGAAGGUGCCGCCAUGGAUUGAAUCAUUGUUAUCGACUGCAUUCUUCACCAUCUGCCCAAGACAUAGAGACACACCGCGAAACGAAUGUAAUAUGUAUUGCCUGGAUUGCAUGAAUGAUGCAUUUUGCUUCUAUUGCCGAUCCUCAAGACACAAAGAUCAUCUUGUAAUUCAGAUCAGGCGGUCAUCAUACCAUGAUGUUGUCAGAGUUGCUGAAAUCCAAAAGGUUUUGGAUAUAAGUGGAGUGCAAACUUAUGUGAUAAACAGUGCAAGAGUUCUUUUCCUAAAUGAGAGACCCCAACCGAAGAGUAGUAGCAGCAGCAGCAGCAAAGGGGUCUCUCAUUUGUGUGAAAUAUGUAGCAGAAGUCUUUUGGAUCCCUUUCGUUUCUGUUCUUUGGGAUGUAAGCUUGUAGGUACGAGGAAAAACGGGGACACGAGCUUUCUUUUAAGCAACAAGGAUGAGGAAGAAGUAACAAUACGAAGAAGAGAAGGAAUUGCGCCGAGUAGGUUGCCAUCAAAAGAAGAAGAAGAAUUGCGUGAAGGAAGCCCACAAGAAAUGUACAGGGGCACGCCUAAUACAGCUCAUUCUAAUUCAAGGAGAAGAAAAGGCAUCCCUCAUAGGGCACCUUUCGGAUCCUAAUAAACUUCGGCCUUAAGGCCUUUUGAUCCUUUGCCAUACGAUUUAUCCAGCUCAUUCCUCACAUGGGCGGUCAAUGCCCUAAAACAAAAGGGCAUUUAAAAGGGUUUUAUAUGUAUAAGUAAUCGAUUAUUAUAAAGAUCCUUCGAAUAGUUAUAGAAUUAAUUACUUAGGAUAUGUCACAGGCAUUAAAAUUUAUCAUAUCAACGUAUAUAAAUUAAUCCACAAGUUUAAUAAUAAUCAUUUUAUUA